UAGAUUUAGUCAGUACGUUACCAAAAUCCGGAAUUAUGUCCGUAUUUUUUACGUAUUGUUACGCUGCGUCGUUGAAGUUAAUUGGUUACAAAGUAUAUAAAAUGUAAAUGAAAUCUCUCAGAAAACAUUGAAUUUCAGACCUCUCUCAAACGCAACUACCGUCAAAUUGCGAAAAAGAAAAAUGAAAUACAUAUUAGUGAUCGCCAUUUUCUGUGCUGUUCUUAGUUUUUCUGCUGCUGAUAGGAAAAGAUGUUUUUGCAAGGCUGUUGCAGCCGACAAUCACAACAACGUCAUCCAUGAUUUUAGCACCAUUGCUGAGCAUCGUAACUGGUUAACUGUUGGAUGCAGACGACUUCACGGCUGUUCUAGUAAAUGUGACCAGAAAGUGAAAGAAUGGGUGUGUAACCACCAAGCAGAGUGCAAAGCAAAGGCUAUGGGCAAGCAUGUUGUUCCUUACUAUACAGCCAGUGUAUGUGGACAUGGAGCAGGGAAUAAUCCCCGACCAUGUGGAUGUAACGAAGGCGGAUUUAACAAAACAAGGAGGUGUCAGCUACAAUGCAUUAAUAAAAUAUUCUCUCAAGGACACAUUGCAUUUCUGGACUGUUUGAAUAAAUGCAUCGCAUAAUAAAUCCAUGUUGUAAUAAAUUGUCAAACUGUUACUUUUUAAACGAAUGAAAUGUUACUUAUUUUGUUGAUAAAUUGUCCAUUGUCGAUGAAUAAAUUCUAUUUUUGUGAAAAAAUUUAGUCCCUUCUCAAUCAAGGAUUAUUCCGA